AAUAAUUUCUAUCCAGUGACAUCGUACCAACGAGUUGAAAAAGAAAGUGACGAAGUAUUGGGUUUGGGGUUUGGUCACUCGUUAUGGUCCGCAAACCAGUUGCCAGCGCAAGAGACACCGUUUAUAUUUAAGACGUGUGAUAAUUCAUUGAAAAGAAGUGGACCAUCACUCUUGCGUAACAACCAAUAAAUACACGUCGCGUGUAACAUGAAAAUAGUUCCGGAGACAAAAAAAGAAAAAAGAUUGACAAAAGGCUGAGAAUAUAAUAAUAAUCGCAGGACUGAAAUACCUUUGUCAGUCGAUAACGGGAAGUCACGUGGUACUUUUAUUGCAACAUUGCUAUCGGGAUCGGAUGGCCAGCUGCAGCAGAGAAGAUCGAUGUUGCUGUGGAAAAAAAAACACACACACACGUGAAAACAAGUAUAGUGAAAUUCAGAAGAAAUGGCGGGAAAAUUCGCGAGCCAUUCGAGGGACUCGAAUAAUCGUUGACGAUAAACGACGAAUUAUCGUCGAGCGAGGAAACGCUCGCACGUUUCGACAAAGUCGGGGAGGAAAGACCGAGCGCGACACCGAAAGUCGAUCAGAGAGUACGUACGUACGUCGGUUGAUCGGGUGCGGUUAAUGGAAACUCGGCCUAAAGGUUUCUCUCGUAGCACUCAGCCACCCGCCGCGAUCUUUCUCCGUCUUUACGACUCGUACUUCCUGUUUCUCGAUCGAUGGAAGUGGACCGUUUUCGAGGGAACAGCACUCUCGCUUCUCCCUUUGGUCUUGAGAAAUGUCCUUCUUUUCAUUUGAGAUUAACGUCUCGACGAAUGGGGUAGUCGCUCCUCACUCGAGGCUUAGCUUCAGCAAGUUAAAAAGCGACACUUUCUUUUUUUUUUUUACGACACGAGAGAAAGAGAGAGAGAGAG